AUGAUAAUUUUUCAGAAGUGAAAUUUUAAUAGCACUGCAAAAUUUCAUUAUUUGUCUACAUUAAGCUUAAAAAAUCAUAAGCAUUAUAAGAGACAAUUGGUAUAUAUAUCUCUCCUUUAUUGUAUCAACAUGAAACUUGAGAUGAUUAUCUAUAUAGUAGCUAUAAAUAUUUGGAUUGUAAUUCUGGCAAAUGAAGUUUAUUGCAAUGAACUUUAA